GGCUGUGGUUGGAGUGGCGUGAUCUAUCGAUCAUAGAAUGGAAACAAGGAAUGUUCUGAAUACGGUACCCUCUGCUGCAAUUCUCACUUCAGCGCUAACUUAUUUCCUCGAAAUUGACUGAAAGAAAACUUCUCCCAAAACCGCGUUUUCAGAAGCCCAAUUCUCGUAAGAGCCCCUCUUUCCCACCUUCAAUACAAAGUCUUACCUACUAAGUAAACUCGAACACGCAUCCAAUCCUAUACUGCCUCCAGAGUCGUCAAAAGGGCCCCAACAAACAGAAAACCCCUUCUGCUCUCUUUCGUCAUCACAUAAAAGCACCAAACGAGCUUUUGCUUGUUUGUUCUCUUCUGCUCCUCAAAUCUCUCCCUCUCUUUUCUUUUCUUUUCUUUUCUUUUCUUCCUGUUAACGUGUGCUUACUUCCUGUUGCCCUUCUUCUUCCUUUUUUUCUUUAAAUCACUAAAAGAAAGGAAAAAAGAGAAAGCGGGCAUGGGAAAGAAGCUUGAUGCUAUUUUUGGAAGAACUUUCAAGGCCUCAAAAUUCAAGGCACUUGCUAAUCUUGCUAUCUCUCGUCUUGCUGUUUUCAAGAACCAGCGUCAAGUCAGGUGUAAUCAAGCUCACUCUGAUGUUCUCCAGCUCCUUCAACAAGGUCACCAUGAACGUGCUCUUCUUCGUGUCGAUCAGGUUAUCAAGGAACAGAAUAUGUUAGAUACUUAUGUAAUGAUGGAAGGAUACUGCAAUCUCGUGGUGGAAAGGGUCCACCUCAUGGAGCAGGACAGAAUUUGUCCCGAUGAACUGAAGGAGGCUGUGUCAAGUUUACUUUAUGCGUCUUCUAGAUGCGGGGAUUUCCCUGAGCUUCAAGAAAUUCGCACCGUUUUCACUUCUCGGUUCGGCAAGGAAUUUGCUGCUCGUGCUAUUGAAUUGCGCAAUCACUGUGGAGUGGAUCCUAAGAUGAUACAGAAGCUGUCAACCAGGCAGCCGAGCUUGGAUAGCAGAAUGAAGCUGCUCAAAGAAAUUGCUUCAGAGAACAACAUCGUUUUGCAACUCGAAGUAACCUCUAUUAAAACUGAGGAAAAACUGGACUCAAGCAAGAAGCACAACCAGCACCUGCCAGAGACAUCAAAUAAUUCGGGUAGCCCAAAGCCUGUUGAUAAUCUCCUAAUUUCACCUGAAGGGAUAAAAAGUGAUGGGUUCACUGAUUCAGUAAAGGGAAGGAAAAAAUAUACGGAUGUAGCUGAUGCAGCCCAAGCUGCUUUUGAGUCGGCUGCCUAUGCUGCAGCAGCUGCAAGAGCAGCUGUGGAACUCUCUCGAUCCUAUUCCCAUGAUCCUGACAAUCAGAACAGUCCCAAUAACAGAGGAAUAACGGUUUCUGUUGAAGAUGAGACUGUGAAACCUGAAUCCGAGCCUUGCGAUCAUGAAAGUCGGAGUGAAAAUAAAGCCACAGAAUUAAACGAUAACAAUGCAGUGGAGCAGAAGAACUCGGUACCCACUUCUUCUACAAAUUCCGAUAUAGAGGAAAGCGAUUUGAGGGUGACAUCAAUGACCCUGGAUCCGGAGGAAUUACUCAGGCGCUUAGAGAAGGACAUAGUUUUUUAUGACAGUGACAACGAAAGUCAUGGUUCUGGUUCUGAAAUAAGGUCUAGCAACACUACAGAAGAGGUGCUGGAAGAUGAGAAGAAAGUUCCUUCAGUCAUUCAAGCUGGCCGAAAGGUAGAUUCAGUUAAUGGAAAUUACACAGCUCAUACUACAGAAGGACCUGGGAUUCAAAGUUCACAGCAUCUAAACAGAGGGAAGGAACCAUUUUCGUUCAGGACAAGAGGGGUGCGUGGAUACUGAGAAGCAUGAACAUAUUAAGAUUGAGUUUUGUGAGAUUUGCCGAUAUAAUACCUUGAUUUCUUUACCGUAAAAUUUGUUCAUUGUAAUCUUAUCUUUUGCUUUUUUCCCUUUCUUUCCUUCCCUUUGUUAAUGAAAUUUUUGUGAGGUUAGAAAAUGCAAUACAAAUUAUUGAAGUGUGUUUGAGUUUGUA